UACCACCUUCAUGAGCAAAACAGAGCUCAGCCCCCCUUGGCCAAAUGAACCGGCGGCCGUCCAAAGUGGCGGACUCCUCGUGCCCCUCCGCCCCCAACGUCCGUGAAAGCCUGAGACGGCGUCGUCGGCGACCGCCGAAAGGCCACGUGCCGGUGCGCGUGGGCGAGGAGAUGGAGCGGUUCGAAGUCCGCGCCGACCUCCUCAGCCGCCAGCCCUUCCUUGAACUGCUUCACCUCUCUGCCACCGAGUUCGGGUACGGGCAACGUGGCGUCCUCCGCAUCCCCUGCCCCGUCCCUCUCUUCCGCCGCCUCCUUGCCGCUUCGGCCGACGUCGCUGCCGAAGAGGUUUACCUGCUCGGCUCCUUCGACGACUUGCUCCUCGAUUCCACCGCCGCCGAUCAACGGCAUUCCGAUCAUCAAUAAGACCGAAAAACAGACGUGAAGGCAAUUGCGCAAAUGAUCAGAUUAAAGAGUUCCAUUUUUUAUGAUCGUCGUCAAUGUGAAUCGACUUUUUUUUUUUAUAUCUGUCGUGUUUUUUUGUAUGAAGAAGGAAAUCAACAACUGUGUAUAUAGUUUGGUCAACUCUGUUGGAUAAGCUUGAUGUUUUAUAUUAAUUAGGCUUGUUAAUUAAGCUUGUUCUUGUUUUUGAGAUAGGUGGGGUUGUAAGAUUGUAAAUAAAAUUUCACAUUAAAAUA